UUUUUAUUGAUACAAUGGGCAGGAACCACACAGAUGAGAGAUGAUCUGGAUGUUUGUAAAGACAUUAGAAUAAAAUGGAUCACCAGGACUAAGAUGUGGAGUAAAUAGAGUCUAAUCCUCCUCAGACUGAGCCGCUGCUUCUCCAUUAUGUGUCACCUACAGCUGAAGACUCUGGUUUUUGCCGGCUGGGUGCUGGGGUACGUGGCCUUCCUGCUCUCCAUCAGGAGGAUGUGGACCGGGAAAUACGUCCGGAGUCCUCUGGUCCGGUCCCUCUUUAUGAACAUGGUGACUGAGAACGACGCUGCUGCAGAGACUCAAGAGUGGUACCGGUGCGGUCCAGACCUGCUGGGAGAGUCGGUGCAGCCUCUGUUCAUCCAGAGCCAGCUGGACCCGGGGACCAGGGCCUUCCUCAAGAGGAGCGUGGAGAAGUCUGGCUGGAUGUUCACGCAGCUCUACCACUCCUUCGUCUCCACCGUCCUCAGCCCGCUGGUCUCACGCACCUCCAUCAACGGGUUUCUGGGUCGCGGCUCCAUGUUUGUGUUUUCUGCGGAGCAGUUCCAGCAGCUGCUCCGGAUCGGCCCCGACUGGAGGGCCGAGAGGCUCCUGGACCUCGGAGCAGGAGACGGAGGAGUCACGGAGGUGAUGGGGACCCACUUCAGAGAGGUUUACGCUACUGAGGUCUCCUUACCCAUGAAGUGGCAUCUUCAGAGGAGGAACUACAAGGUGCUGGGGAUAGAUGAGUGGCAGCAGACUGGUUUCCAGUACGAUGUGAUCAGCUGUCUGAACCUGCUGGACCGCUGUGAUGAUCCUCUCCGUCUGCUGAGGGACAUCAGACGGUCUCUGGUCCCCACCACGGGGAGACUCAUCCUGGCCGCGGUGCUUCCCUUCCAGCCGUAUGUGGAAGUCGGAGGAAGAUGGCAGCGUCCCAAAGAACACAUAAAAAUCAAAGGAAAGACGUGGGAGGAGCAGGUCACCAACCUGUCCAGUGAAGUCUUCCUGAAGGCGGGCUUCCAGCUGGAGGCCGUGACCCGCUUACCGUACCUCUGUGAGGGCGACAUGUACAACGACUAUUAUGUUCUGGACGAUGCAGUUUUUGUUCUCAAAGCUUCAGAGGAGAGGUCAGAGUCUGACUAAAUACCAAACUCACUGUGUUGGGGAUGUUGGGGACCUUUAUCUGCCAAUCUAACUUUAUCUCGGUGGCUCCUGGUUGGAUUUUAGUGCAAUUUUUUCAUAAUCUUCAUUCAUAAAACACAGUAUUUCUGACAGUAUUUCUUUAGAAAUGGUGAGUCAGCUGUGACCUCAGGUACUGUAGUUCCUAAAUUUACCAGCCAUCUUGUUUGUGACAGUGAUACCUCGACUUUUUAAGCAAAAAAAAUAACUGAAUGAUGUAAUAUUGAAAUGCCACUGAAGAGCGAAUCGUCCUAAGACAUAUCACCAUGCUGUAGAUGUUUGUUCUCUGUGGGAAGUGUUUACUGUUAGUGUUUCAUCAUUCUUUAAUAUCUGUGGGGAAUAAUCAAUGGUGGAAGUUGCACUUUAAUUAUUUCAGUGUCUAAUGCAAAGGAUCAGUGUAUGCACACCCUUCAUUCACCGUCUGAAUCGGACCUCUUGUAUGUUAAUGUUCAUUUUAAAGUUUUUUUUUACUUGCUGUAAGUGAUGACAAAAGUAAUAUGAUGCCUUUUAUUAAAGCAACUCUAUGU